AUGACGAACUCCAUCGACAACGACUCUAUCGAGAUUGCACUGAAGGACUCUGAUUACGGAUGCAUCCUCAGAAUGACGGAAAACAGCGCGUUCAAUGAAGCUGCUAUCCUGACCCCCGCGUAUUCCCAAGCGAUCAAUGAAAUCCUUGGUGAUCAAGACACCAGAACUGCAGCGUGUACUUCCCUCACUGUCUGCAUUAUACAAACCACAAAGCUACUGGAAGAUGUAGCCAAUCGUGUUGACCUUGAUGAAGCAACUCGGAAACUUGCUAUACUUCAUCUGCAACGGCGGAUCAGAAACUUCGCACUUCACUUACUCCCCCUCGACUUCUCCGAUAUCACUGACCUCGCGAUAAAGAAAGUUGAAGUGAAGCCCGUUAUAGAAGAACCUCGCCCGGUACACCCGCUUAGGAGAAAAGCGGCUACCAUAGAUCAAACCCGCACCACGCUCUUCUAUAUGCCAGCAGCCUGA